AACUUUGAUGAAAAUGGGCCCAUUAGGUGCAGAGGCUGAUGAGAACCAGACAGUGGAAGAAAUGAAAGUGGAGCAGUUCGGUCCAGGGCACGCCACUCCUAGAGGGGAGCUGGCCCCUAACUCUGAGCCGGAGCUUAUAGACAGCACGAAGCUGAUUGAGGUACAGAUCGUCCUUAUUUUGGCCUAUUGCUCCAUCAUCUUGCUUGGGGUGAUUGGCAAUUCCUUGGUGAUCCAUGUGGUGAUCAAAUUCAAGAGCAUGCGUACAGUAACCAACUUUUUUAUUGCCAAUCUGGCUGUGGCGGAUCUUCUGGUGAACACCCUGUGCUUGCCAUUUACACUUACCUACACCUUAAUGGGGGAGUGGAAAAUGGGUCCUGUCCUCUGCCACUUGGUGCCUUAUGCCCAGGGCCUGGCGGUACAAGUGUCCACCAUCACCUUGACAGUAAUUGCCCUGGACCGGCAUCGUUGCAUUGUCUACCACCUGGAGAGCAAGAUUUCCAAGCGAAUCAGCUUCUUGAUUAUUGGCUUGGCUUGGGGCAUCAGUGCCCUGCUAGCAAGCCCCCUGGCCAUCUUCCGGGAGUAUUCAUUGAUUGAGAUUAUUCCUGACUUUGAGAUUGUGGCCUGUACUGAGAAGUGGCCUGGUGAGGAGAAGAGCAUCUAUGGCACUGUCUACAGUCUUUCUUCCUUAUUAAUCCUGUAUGUUUUGCCUCUGGGCAUCAUCUCUGUUUCCUAUACUCGUAUCUGGAGUAAACUUAAGAACCAUGUCACCCCUGGAGCUGCUAAUGACCACUACCAUCAGCGGAGGCAAAAAACCACCAAAAUGCUGGUGUGUGUGGUGGUAGUAUUUGCAGUCAGCUGGUUGCCGCUCCAUGCCUUCCAACUUGCUGUCGACAUUGACAACAAAGUCUUGGACCUGAAGGAGUACAAACUCAUCUUCACUGUGUUCCACAUCAUUGCCAUGUGCUCCACCUUUGCCAACCCCCUUCUCUAUGGCUGGAUGAACAGCAACUACAGAAAGGCUUUCCUCUCAGCCUUCCGCUGUGAGCAGAGGUUAGACGCCAUUCACUCCGAGGUAUCUGUGACAUUCAAAGCUAAAAAGAACCUAGAAGCCACAGAGAACAAUGGUCCCAAUGAUUCUUUCACAGAGGCUACCAACGUCUAAGGCAACUGCCAUGUGAAAAUAUAUGGAUGAAUUC